GCACGGGAAUUCCCAGCGUGUUAGGCAAUGCACGUGAUUGACUCGACCCUAAUUACAAAGUUUAUUGUUAAUUACGUCUUGGCUUAGGCAUUUCACAAAGAGAGGUGGAUGGGAGGAGUACGUAAUAGGUUUUAAAAGUGCGUGCGUGUUUUAUGCCUCUAAAACGGCGGGGCGUGUGUGAGCCCGCCACACUUUGUGGCCGAAAGUCGCAGUGGGAACCGCCGGCGUCUAUGGCGGGGAGAUUUGGGAAGACGGCGGCAGCAUCCGGCCCGCGAGACAUGGAAGCGGCCCAUCCCCGAACACUGACAGACGGAGUGAUGAUCCAAUCUCCUCCUUAAGAUUAUUUCUUUUCUUUUUUCAGGAUGGACCUCGCAUCACCUCGCGUCGACAUCCUGCUGGCCAGUCAACUCUGCAAGCCGCCGCUGGGUGAAAGUCCCUCCGUUCAGGGUCGCUGUGGCAAUCGUCUAACCACCACCACGACCACCGCCACUGCACAAGGCAACAACAACGACGACGACAACAAGAGCCACUGCCUGCCAGCCGCAGCGAGGCCGGCGCAGCGGUGGCGGCGGUGUCGGACCAUGGAAACGUUGGAGUCGGAGCUGACCUGCCCUAUCUGCCUGGAGCUCUUCGAGGACCCCUUGCUGCUGCCUUGCGCGCACAGCUUGUGCUUCGCGUGCGCCCGUCGCAUCUUCGUCUCCCACUGCACUUUUGGUGGCGGCGACGGCAGCGGCGACACUCCCGACUCCGUUUCGAGCGCCUUCCAGUGCCCAACGUGCCGCUAUGUAAUCACGCUCGGUCAGCGUGGAUUACAGGGGCUCAAGCGCAACGUCACUCUGCAGAACAUCAUUGCCCGCUUCCAGAAGGCCUCCAUGAGCAGCAGUGGCCUCAGCUCGCCCGGCGGCAGCCGGGAGGAGAUCUCGCCGGGAGGGUCCUUCUUGCCGGAUGCCAACAGCGGCAGCACUGGUAGUGCCGGCAGCACCGGCAGCGGCAGCAAUGGCAGCACGAGCGGUGGUGGCGGUGGAAGGGGGGGCGUCGAAGUCCUCUGCCAGUUCUGCGAGUCGGAGCCACCGCGCCCGGCCGCUAAAACGUGCACCACCUGCGAGGUGUCGUACUGCGAAGAGUGCCUGCGCGCCACCCACCCCAAUAAGCGGCCCUUCACUGACCACCGGCUCACUGAGCCGACGGCCGCGGGAGGGCCCGCGCGGGGCCCCAUGUGCGCCGAGCAUGAGGCUGAGAAGGUCAACAUGUACUGCGUGACCGACGAGCAGCUCAUCUGUGCCCUGUGCAAGCUGGUGGGCCGGCACCGCGAACACAAGGUGGCAUCGCUCGCUGACCUCUACGCCAAGCACAAGCAAGCACUGGAGGCAACGCUGGGGCUGCUGGCGACGAGCAGCAACGAGCUGGAGCUUCUGCUCGCUCGCCUCCUCCAGCUUCACCAGCAAGUGGAGGAGAACUCGUCGAUUCAGGAGAACAAGCUCGAGGGGGAAUGUGAGAAUCUGAUGCAGAUCAUCCGCCAGAGGAAGCAGGCGAUCAGCACCCGCAUCCACGAGGGCAAGUUUGCACGCUUGAGGAAGCUGGAGCAGCAGAUGUCCGACUGCAGGCAGUGCCUGGAGCACUCUACCCUGCUCAUGGGUCAGGCAGAGUAUGGCCUCAAGGAGGCCGACCAUGCGCGCUUCCUACAAACUGCCAAGGACAUCACUGAGCGGUUGACCAUGGCCACCGCCACGUCCCAGAUGCUGCUGCCCGAGGUGACGCUCAGCGACUCAUUCGAUCACCUCACGCUCGACUUCACCAAGGAGAAGAAGCUCCUGGAAGCCUUGGACUGCCUGACGUCACCCAACACGCCAGUCAUCAAGAAGGACCUGAGCAUGGCGUCGCACGACAGCGUGACGGUGCAGUGGGUGUCCGAUGACGAGUUCAACGUGGAGUCGUACGAGCUGCAGUACACCAUCUUCACCGGACAGACGAACCUCCACAGCCUGUGCAGCAGCAUGGACAGCUGGCUCAUCGUCCCCAACAUCCGGCACAACCACUAUACGGUGCACGGCCUGCAGAGUGGCACUCGCUACAUAUUCCUUGUCAAGGCCAUCAACCAGGCCGGCAGCCGCAGCAGCUCCUGCGUCACACUCAAGACCAACAGCCAGCCGUUUAAGCUGGACCCCAGCUCGGCCCACAAGAAGCUCAAAAUCAGCAACAACAACCUGACGGUGGAGCGCGAGGAGCCGUCUAAGAAGAGCCACACCGCGGAGCGCUUCGGGGGGCACAGCUGCUACGGCGUGGCCGGGAACGUCCUCAUCGACAGCGGACGCCACUACUGGGAGGUGCUCACCAACGGCAGCACCUGGUUCGCGGUGGGCAUCACUUACCACAGCACUCCCAAGCACGAGUGGAUGGGCAAGAACCCCUCGUCCUGGGUGCUGGGCCGCUGCAACAACUCCUGGGCGGUGCGCGGCAACGGCAAGGAGGCGGCGCUCGAGCCCCGAGCCCACCUCCGGCGGCUGGGCCUGCUGCUCGACUACGACGGUUGCCUGCUAUCGUUCUACGAUGCGGCCACGGCGCAGCACCUGCACUCGCUCUCCAUCUCCUUCGUGGAGCCCGUGCUGCCGACCUUUGCCGUGUGGAACCGCUCCAUGAGCGUGCUCACCGGCCUUCCUGUACCCGAUUACAUCGACCAGGAUGACCAGAUGCCCGAGUGAGUGUGGCCUGGGCCGCUACCCUCCAAGACCAGACGCCGGUUGAACGGCCAUUCACCACGCCAUCGCCAUCGUUGCUCAGCAAGCUCGCGGUGGCGAGAUGUUAACAUCCUCGCCUGGUAUGCAGGAGAUUGUGGGUUCGAUUCCAACCCUGAUGCCUGUAUAUUUGGAGUUUGCAUGCGCUUCCCAUGGUCGUGUGGAUUUUUCUCCGCGUGCUUUCCCUCCAGAUUUAGGAUCAACAUGCGUUUAGAGUGUUUGGCCACUAUAAAUGUCCACGUGAUAAGCCACUUCGUUGAGCUAUCAUUUGUGGCCAGGUCGCUUCUGAAAAAAGAGCUACAUAGCUCAGUGGGCCUUACCUGGAAAAAAUUAAAUAGUUUAAUAGUUCAUAAUACAGGUUUUUUUUGGGUUAGAUUGCAUAAAUAAAGAAAUGUCGUGAAACCCACCACUACCCAACACAGCCAAUUAGUAAGGUUUGUUACGUAAACAGAACAUGCCAAUUAGUUACUUGUACAGCACACCGGUGUGUCCACAGCCACUCUCCCCAAGAGCAUCCGAUGGACAAGUUUAGCACACAUUCCUAGUUUGUGGCAAAGACACAACCAUUCCGAACUUUCAAGAAUAAAGAGCUUUGUUAUCCCUGGAUGCAUCACUGUUCAACCGUUCUGCUGCCUGACCUGUUUAUCAACAACGAUGGAUAUGCUUCACCAAUUCAGCUGCAUGCCCACUUAGUCGUUUACGAUUAAAAAGGGACCACCACUGUCAAGAACACAAAGUGGCGUGCAUGCAAAGACUGAAUGCCAAGCUUGGAUGACAACAUAAAAUAGACAUUUAUAUAUGUUUUAACAUUGGUAAACAAACAUAAAACCCACGAGCUCACUUGAACAAGACAUUAAGCACGUUUCUGGAAUAAUAAAAUGAGGCCAUAGAAUUCUGUUUUACUCGUGGGAAAACAUCACCGCACGUGUGCAAUUGUUGGUCGAAACGAGGAUUGAAUCUACUCAACUGGCAAACUGUAUCGCAGCCAACAGGAGCCCGACAUGUCACACGCCGCUCAAAUAACGAUGUUGAAAAGAAAUUUCGUCAUGUACAGACUGCGUACACACAUAAGUAUUCAUCCAACAACCCCCAUGACAUUUGUGGUUUUACUUUGCGAGGAGAGAAUUCGUAGAAUGUGGCUUUGUUUGGUAUCAUAAUUGUGAAUUAUAUUACACCUUUAUUUAUAAGCUGGUGAGAGCCAACUGAGGCAACAUGACUCAUUUGCAAUGGAUAUAUGCGAUUAAAGACAACUGUAAUUGUGAGUUGUAGCAAUACAGCAAUGGACAUAUGUAAUAUUCAAUAGAGAGUUAAUAUCUAAUGUGUUUGCAGUGGCAGCGUAUAGCUCAAAUUUGCCCAUGCAAUACACUUCGAGCCUUGGAUAUUCAAGUCUGAGGAGACAAGUUCAGAUUAUUAAUUGAUAAACAGACUGUUAAGGCACAAAUGAUAAUGUCUGGGUGCUUAUCAUUCCAUAGAUCGGCACACCCAGGAAGCUACGAUGACUUCAUGUGCUAUGAGUAGGAUUGCCACAGUAUGGCGAAACGAUGAUAUAUUGUACAAUAUGAGAUCUACACUAAUCGUAUUGUCCUUUCUUCUAAAUAUCAUCAUACCCAUAUUGUCGUUGCUCAUUCUACUUUGUUAAGUAUUGAAUUUUCUAACAAAAUAUGUUAUUAAUUGUAAAGUUACAAUGAUUACAAGACUCAUUGCAGGCACAUGUUAAGCGAACUGCAGUCGAAUAACUUUCAAGCAAUCUUCAUUCGAGGUUAAAGUGCAUCAAUAUACAAAAACAAGACGCUACAAAUACUGAAUACAAUUACAAAGUUAUUGCAAUAAUUAACAUUUCGUGAUAUUUAAAAGUGUUGUUGUGAAAAGUUAUUGCGGCAAUCCUAGUCAAUCCCCGUUGUGCAUUUGUAAGUCGAAAACAAAUACUGUCAGGUGAAUAACAUUUUGUUUGUGCAGUGCUUUCCCCAGGGCUCCAAGCAAUCUCGUGACCACACCACUAAUUUGAUUCAUGGAGAGCCAUACUCUUUAGGUGAAACGCAUCUUUAAAAACCAAGACACAACCUGUACAACUGAAUUAUGCAGUUACGAUCCACACAAACCCAUGCUUACUCAAAAUAACAUUUCCAUCUACCUCUGGCUAAUUACUACAAUUUGGGAUCAAUAGACACAUGCCCUGUGCAGUUAAAAUCUAUACAGUAUUCAAGAAGUAAAUAUUUUAUCUUUUGCAAUUCCACGAAUAAAGUUGCCCCAUUUAAGCAUUUACGCAUCACUAUCUCACUACAAGCGAUAACAUUUGGUCUAUACCUUCUUUCAUUGUCAACAACAUGUCAAGAGAGUUGACCUAUAUCAGUGGAUUAACGCACAAGGCGGGCAUACACUCAGAGUCUAUGUAUUCACAAAAUGCAGGGGAGAAUUGAGUGACCAUAUUUAACAGAGGGUCAUCACCAUCAACAGCCAUAAACUAAUAUCCAACGCUGGAUGAAAGCUGUCACCAUCUCUUUUGGUCUCACAAUGCAAGAAUCCAUGUAGCUCCAGGACAUGAGCUGAUCUCAUCACUCCAUCUCCGUGGAGGACGCAAACCCGGGGGUGUUCCCUCCUUUUGCUGCCACGCCUUAAUAUUGACCACCAUUGAGUGAUGUGUCCCACCCAAGGCCACUUUUCUUAACGGCCGACAUAAAGCUUAAAACUUGUAUUUGUUCUCUGAUCCAUGCAAUCCUGUCUCUCAGUGUACUUAUUCUUCAGUGUCCAUGUAUAUGAUGCAUGUCAUAGCAGGUAAUAUACAUUGAUUAGAUAUUGAAAUGAAAUUAUCUGCUGGAGGGACAGAAAAUGUGCACCUAUGGCAGGUAUUGGUGGUCGGCACGGAUACAAAUUAUGAAAUGAGGUGGGCGAGAGCAGGUUGGAAUGCAUUUGGAAAACUAAACUUGAAAACUAAAAGCCACACCCAGAGUAGGCCAUGGAUAAUGCAGUGCUCUUCAAUGUAACAACCCAAGGUUACUUUUCAGUCGUAAUUAAAGAUUAAAGCUGUAAUUCAUCGCAGGCGUGGCAUUACAACAUUUACAAUCUGUAUCCACAUUUAAACUUUGCCUUGUUGCAUCUGGAAACAUUUUAAAACAAAGGACAGAUGCAAAGGCGCCAUGAAUGUUAUCAUUCAUUGCCUCUUGAAAAAUUACACAGCCUGAGGACAACAAACUCAUCGCUGUUUGUUAGAUUAAUUUUGACUCGUGGGGAAAAACGCACCGUAUAUAAAACAAACUAAACAAAGAUGCAUGUUACAUUUUUUUUUAUCUCGGCAGCUAUCGCUGGUGUCUCAGGGUGCCGAUCUGUUAACAGAUGGUGUGGAUGUUGUGAGUGCAAGAAUAUAAAGGAAAAAGUCCAAAAGGGCACACCUCGGAAAGUAGCCAGAGGGUUUAAAUAAUGUAGGUGGAUGGGUGCAGGAACCACAUCAGUGUUGGUCAGGGGCCACUCUCAAGUACUGUAUAACGCCUGAAUGCAUGCAUGGCCUUGACAGCUUUUACACGCUCUUGCACCGUGACGUGGCCAUUUUCAAUGCCCAAUUCAUGGCAUGUGCUUUAUUUGUAUUUGCAGUUUCUGUAGUGUAGUUCGGAUUACAUUGGCUCUAUCACAGUUUUUUUUAUAUAACAUGACACUUUAAAAUAAACGAUCGUUAAUGUAAAAAAAUAGAAAAUUUACUAUAGAUGAUGCACUUCUCGAUAAUAACAUUCACGAAUUUAAAUCUGAGAAUGCAUGAACUUGGUGGUGUGUGGACGUGUGCAACAGCAUAGUACUACCAUACUAUGGUCGUGGCAAAACACAAUUACAAUCCUUUGUCAAUCCACUGUUGGAUGAAGGCCUUCCCACAUCAUACCACUACGAUGUUUAGUGCGAGUUAGUGAAGGGAGGGUGGAAUGUUCGAUUUUAAAAUUAACUCUGGCUACGGGGUUCAUGAAACGGUGUGCUAACCACUGCCCCCCCCCCCCCCCCCCCCCCAUUAGUCAUGGUAUUGUAUUAAAACAUCGUUUAUAAGGAUCUUUUCUGCAUCUCAGGGCCCAAGCAUGUGUUUCCGAGUUCCGUGGUCCCUUGCUGGAUUUUGUCCCAUACCAGCCCUUGCAGAAACCAAGCAACCAUACCCACCAAACGGGUGCUGGUGACAAGGUGCAGGAUAGAAAUAUUGAUUGAUUUUAGAUUUCUGGAGUGCAAUUUAAGCUAUGGAUAUUGAUCUUAAUUAGAUAUAUGGAACGGAUUGUAUUAUUUGUAUAUUUAUGAAAUGUAAUGAAGGUCACUUUUGUAAUUUACCAGGAAUAUUUUUUGCAUAAAAUGUGCUGCACUAUAGCAACAGUAAGUAGAAUGUGGUGUCAUUCAAAUAAUUGUAUUAAUAUCGCAAAAUAUAAUAGUUCCUAUAUAGUUUUACUAGAGUAUGAGUAUAAUGCAUCAUUUUAUGUGAUCACUUAUAUUUUAGCAUAAGAUUCACUUGCAUAAAUGUAAUAAUGAUUUACUCGUUGAGUAAUGCCACUGUCACUUUUCAUUAUGAAUCACUGUAAUACUUAACACAUAUACGUAAGAGUGAAGUGGGGAAAAUAGACGCACCGUCGCCAGGGAUUGAUGCAUGUUAUGAGUUUUGCUACAACAGAGCUGUGGUUCUCAUACUUGGGUCCUAGGAGCACACCCCAGUGAGCCCACGUUGUCAGCCAUAAUACAGAUGAAUGUAUCCAGCUUGUAUAGGAAUGGAUGGAACAUUACAAGCAAGACUGGAGUCAUGCCAAUAGACCAAAGUUUACAAACCAAGUUUAUGUUACGAAGAUAGAGUUGCUCUGUACAUUAAAGUUUAAAAUAUGAAAUUUGGUUUAAAGCAAUGGUGGAUUUGCACACCUGUCCUGGUUUUCCAGAAUUAAUUCUCUUUUUAAAAGAGACAGCUGUCCUGGGAAAUGUGUACGUCUUCCCAGGACAAAAAAACCCCCAGGUUUAUUCAAUUGAAUAAUAAUAUACCACUCAAGACGAUGCAUUUCAAAAUCAUAAUCUUUAUUUAUCCUGGAGAAAUGAGCUAUGAAGCUCUUUUUCACAGAUAUCCAGUACGAGUGUGUCAGAAAUUUACAACAAUAAAAAAAAACUAUAGGAGUGCAAAGUAUAGGAAAGGUAAGCAAAUCACUAAAAACAAAUAGGUAAACUAAAACGAAACUCUUUUCAUUUUACCAGAUAAAGCCCACUUAGCUAUUGGUUCUUUUCAGAGGCAACAUGGCCACAUUAUAGCUCAACAAAGUGGCUUAUCGUGUAUAAAUUUAUAGCAGCCAGAUAAUAUAAUAAUUUACUCUGUAGCUAUACCCUUUGCUGAUAUUGAGAUAUUAUUCUUCCCAUACAUAUUGGUGUUUUGUACCUCAAGAGGUGGCAAUCCGAGGGCGGACACUCAAUGCUAAACACGUAUUUUAAAAGGGCAUUUGGAUUCUGUAUUUAGGCAAAGAGGUUCUGUUCAACUUUUAUAAUCUAUGAAUUUGUCAUAAUAUCUAAUGUGAAAUUGCACUAAAGACUACAUUGACGCUUCUGAUGGCAGUUUGUAUAUUGUUUUCUCACAAUUGAAUAUAUUGUAAAUGUAGCAAUAUAUGGGUGCACCCUCAUACUGUAGUUAUUCUGAAUUAAAGAUUUACA